UAUGUUGGCAAAAAACGAAAACAACAACAAGAAAGUUCAGUAGAAAAAGCGACAGCCGGGUAAUGGUUAAAAGUUUAGUAUAAAACAAAUUCCUAAUGUCUAUUUAAAGCAAAAUUCCAAGUAAAUUUCGACCCUAGGAAGCCCGCACCAAGUGGGACGUGGGUAAGAAUAGCUUAUAGUUCGAUCAGGAUCUCUUGAGCACGCCGCAUGACGUAGUCCAGCUUUAAAAGUGAAACCCUUAAGAUCCGCCAAUAGAAAACAACUGAUCGAAAUCUAUUAUCUGAUAGUGACGCAGCGCGCCGUGGCAUUGCUGCCAGAGCAGGAUGCUGAUGCGCGGCGUGCAGGUCCUGCAACGUAGACACCAGCAGAUUGGAAGGGCUUUGAGUCAAUAUUCAUCAUCCGUGCGACAGGACUCUUUACAUGCUUGGAAACGUCAUGACGGAGACACCUUUAAGGCACAGCUGUGGAAGCGGCCUGGCGGGUGCUAUCCAAUUCGCUGCAGCUCGGAGGGCAGUGACGACAAGAACAAGAAUGUGGAGCUCGCCAGCACCCAACAGUUAGCCCAAACGAAAGAGGUUCCAACUAUCAAGCAGACUAAAAAUUUUGAAGUGAAGACCACCAAAGGCAUCCUGACCAUAAGUACAACCAUCGAGGACUCGAAAAUUAAUGAGAUUGUGUUUGAGAAAUCUGACCUGCCGCCAGUUGCAAAACUAAAGGAACCAUCUUUGCCAUCGGCGGUUGCCGCCAAGGCAUCGGCUACCGAUUCAAAGCCAUCAAUUCUGCCUCCUUUACCCGGAGUAAAAUCUCCGGAACAGAGCAGUGGUGCUCCUAUUGCAGCACUACCUGUCCUGUCACCUUCUACAGAGGUACCACCGACCACACCGACACCAUCUCCGAAGCGACCGCGUUUCGAUUAUCGAGCUUCCUUGGAACGCAACUUUAUAACACCCAAUCGAGCCAUUAGCGACUUUUUGUUGACCGCUGGGGAUCUCGAAUCUCUGCCCAAGAUAAAGCGACGAUCACCCUAUGAACAGGAGCCUCCGAUGACCGUUUACUGGCGGCGUGAUGUGGAAGCUAAAGCCGUUGCUGUUUGGGGUUCCAAGGAAAGUAUAUUGCGAGAGCGGCUCAAGAGAGAAGUAGAACGCAAGCAACACCAACAGAAUCUGUUUACGGUUAAACGACGAUUGCGUGACUAUCGCAGGGAGAUUGGUGUCCGUAACUUGGUGUUUGAAAACGAAAACGAUCCCGCAAAGUCAGGUCAAGUUGUGGCCACUGCCAUUGCCAUCAAUGCAGCCAAUUUGCUUUUCAAGGCAGGUGGCUGGAUGUACAGCGGAUCACACAGCAUGUUUGCAGAAGUUAUACACUCAUUGGCCGAUCUGCUUAAUCAGCUCAUUCUGGCCUUUGGCAUCUACAAAUCAGCCCAGAGUCCCGACACUGAUCAUCCAUAUGGAUAUAUGAAUAUGCGCUAUGUCUCAUCCUUGAUCUCUGGUGUUGGCAUUUUUUGUUUGGGCUGUGGACUGUCUAUCUACCAUGGAAUCGAGGGAAUUGUUCAUCCUGAACCGGUCGCUGAUCUAUUUUGGGUGUAUUGUAUUUUAAUGGGUUCUCUAGUUUCUGAGGGAGCUACCUUAAUAGUGGCUAUCAACGAACUUAGCCGAUCGGCUAAGCUAAAUAAUGAGAGCUUUAAGGAUUAUGUUCUUUCUGGAAAGGAUCCCUGUGUAAAUGUGGUGCUGUGUGAAGAUGCUGCCGCCGUGGCAGGCGUAAUUGUUGCUGGAACGUGCAUGGGCCUGAGUAGCUACACCGGCUCCCCCCUAUUUGAUGCCGCGGGAUCGCUGAUCAUUGGAGGUCUUCUGGGUGCCGUAGCAUCGUUCAUCAUCUACACAAAUGCUAAUGCCCUAGUGGGAAUCUCCAUAUCCUCUGCGCGGCUGGAGAAGAUCAACGCUGCCUUGGAGGCUGAUGUGAUGAUUAGAGCGAUUUACGAUGUCAAGGGUAUCGACAUUGGCAACGCCCGCGUUCGCUAUAAGGCUGAGCUUGACUUUGAUGGUCGUGAGCUUACUCGUUCGUACCUGGACAAACAGGAUCUGGCGAAACUGCUUAAUACGGUUCGCAGCUUUGAGAAGGUCGAGGAUCUAGAAUGCUUUUUACUUGACCAUGGCGAAAACAUUGUGGACCUGAUGGGCGGUGAAAUAGAUCGAAUUGAGAUGAAUCUGCGGACACAAUUUCCGGAAAUUAGGCAUGUGGAUCUGGAAAUACUGUAAAGCCCUUCUCGGAAAAAAAAAAACAAAGCAUUGGGUGAUUGGUUGCUGUCUUAUAGAAAUAUUGCCUGUUAAGCUUAUAUUUAUUUCCCAUUAAUUACUUUUAGAUAUAUCUGUAUAGUUAAGCAAUUAAAGUGUAUUGCCAUGGGCCAAAGGGCCUUCUUCAA